UUCCAUCUCCAAACUCAUAUCUUGGUGGACGUAUAUAAGUAGAUACGAAAUUUUUUUCACUCUAGCUGAAUGUGUACAUUGCUGAAUGAAAUUCACGUCUGAGAUGAAGUAUUUGGUCUCUAUUCUCAUUUUUUCCGCUGCAACUCAGGCUUUCAGCAGCAAAGAUAGAUGGGAAAACUUCAAAAUUAGACAUUCCAAAUCCUAUGAAAAUACUGAAGAGGAAAACAAGCGAUUCAAUAUAUUCCUGGAUAAUUUACGCGAAAUCGAAGACCAUAAUGAAAAAUACAGAAAGGGAGAAUCUUCUUAUCAAAUGGGGGUCAACCAAUUUUCUGAUCUGACUACCGAAGAAUUCAGAAGAACUUACUUAAUGACUUCUUUACCCUCUCCUCCUAUAGACAUGAACCCAAAACAAGCAAAAUUUAAUGUCCAUGAAGAUUUGCCUGAAGAAGUGAAUUGGACAGAAGCUGGUGCAGUUACCCAUGUUAAU